AAAAAAAUUAAACAUUUAUUCACUUUCCCCUCACAACACAUUGCAUUGAUGCAUCACACCCAACAACCACGUCACGCUACGUUACUUUGAAUGUCACUGGGUAAAAGCGUUGCACUUGCAAAAGUAUCUUCACGCCAAUCCACCCUGCCUAAUUGCUCUCUCCCUUUUGCUGGUCUUGCACCCAAACCAUAACCCAUCAGCAUGGCUCAGAUCAGUGUUGCACACAACUAGCUAACGGGAUCACGAGACUUGCUCCAGAAUCUACCCUGCCCGAACCAUGGUCGUCAUCACGGCAGUUCGCGUCUCGACACCGUCGCCAACGGAGCAACCACAGUUCUCUUCCGGGAGUCCCGGCGAUCAACAGUUCACCGCGAACCGCCGUGGGUAUUGGUCCUUCCAUCCGUUCCCGAGAACUCCGCACCAACACCAGCAGCAUCAUCCCCGAUUCCUGUACACGAUGUACUCGCCCAGUUUCAAUCCGUACUCGUCGGGGCCAGCGGCCUCGCUCGACGGUCCACCGUAUCCGGUUUUCUCCAGUGCGCCGGACAUGUCCCAAGGGUACGGGACCAAGUACGGACCACCGUCGAGCGGACCCAGCAGUUAUGGACCGCCCAGUGGCCACGGAGGAGGAUCCUCGUACGGACCACCCCCGUCCUCGUCCGGUGGGUACGACUACCAUCCGGCACCGCCCCAGCCGGCCCAUCAUCAUCAUCACUCGCACACCUCGAUUCCGGUGCACUUUUCCUCGGGAAAGUCGAAAAAGGGCAAGGGAGGGGCGCUGUCCGCGUUGACGCUGUUGGCGUUUCUAUACUUUCUGAACCUGCUGCAGAGUUGUUUGAAGGAGCACAUGGACACGAUGAAUCCGACGGUCAUGGUAAUGACGGCCGGUGCCACCCGGCGAAAGGACUUCGGGUCGGUUCUGCUAACCGGACAGGAUGGAACCGACGCGGAACUGGCCGCCGAUGAUCAGGAGGGUGAUGAAGGAGAGUACGAAGUGGUUGAUGGUUACGAUGCGAAUGACGACGGGAAGUAUCACCUGCUGACGUCUAGCAAGACCAAUCGAACACGAGGUGGCCAAAGCUUUUUCGGUGGAGGUGGCGGAGGUGGAACGUACUAUCGGCGAACCAAGCAGCAUCAACGUGGACGGGAGGGUCAGAGGAAAAAGGACAGCAAUCGUCAGUACUAUCGAGAGGAAGAAGGGGAUGAGGUGUAUGAAGAGUAUUGAUUGUUAAUAGCUUAAAUGGGAUUAAAUGAAAUGUAAACUAUUUUCAACAACCCAAACAAACUAAAUUAAGCCGUUUACGACGAGCCGUAUUAUUUUACAGGUAAAUUCCCCGACUAUCUGAGUAAAGCCGAUCUUGAAAGUAUGACUAAAACAGUUUGCAGGUAUAAAUAGUUUUAAUUUUAAAAUUCCCCAAUACGUUUUAGCCAAUUUCAACUGCCGUGGUAUUCACCAAUUGAAUAAUAAUAAACAUUAUUUAAUGUGUUUGUUCUAAAGGUGAAUCUCGAUUCAAUUUGAAUAACCGCACCUUUCAAAAGGGUUACUGCGAAACCCAUUUCGAGAUUUCUUGCAUGUUAAAAGUAGAAUUAAUUUCAUUUAAAAUUCUCAAUAUUUAAUCAAAACAAGAAACUCUCAUAAAAACCAAACUGUCACCAAUUAACGAUUGAUCGGAAACGUGCUCGAGCCUCAGCUUGCAUCAAUAAUACGAUAAGAUUUAUAGACUACCCACCCAGACAGUAUAAUGCAGCGCUAAAAUAACUCCCAGAGCCACAUGUCACAUGUCAACCCGAAGGUGUGCGAAUCAAUUUGUCAGGGUGCUUAAGCUGGGUAGACUUAUGAUUUAAUUGACGGGUUGCUGAGAACAAAACAAGCUGCGAAGGGAUUUUCCCGAGAUAGUUAACCUUUGACAAGUGGCCAGUAUUUCGAUUCUAAGUCGGUGGGCAGGUUGGUCUCCGAGAUUUUAAUAAAAGGCUCUUUUUUGAGGACAAAAAUCUUGAAUUCUUCACAUUUUUGUCACAGUUCCAAAACAAUUCACACCGGAAAGCUGUGUCCCCAAAAGGUACCGAAGCGUGGCGUUUGCAUAAAUUCAUCAGCACUUACUGGCCAUGGCUGUUCCAGCGCCAAGGCAGAACAGAUUGGAACCAUCACGGGACCAGGUCAUCGUGAAUAAUUUCACCAACAGAGUUUGAGAAGAACCCUUUUUGGUAACUAUUCACAGAUUAGUUGAUGAAACUCUUUGAUGUGAAGUUACCUUAUUUGUUUCAACAGUCAAAAAUACACUCAAUGAAAAUAAGGACUAAUUAAAGGAUAAAAUUAAA